AUGCGCCCGGUCGUCAUGACAACGCGGCAACUCGGGCGGUGGGGUGAGAGGAGCAUGUGGCGCAGCCGGGAGGGUGCCGCUCCAGCCAAGUCCCCAGCCCCCCCUGGCGUCCCCACCCCGAGCCCUAGGCCGGCCUGGGUCUUAGCGGACCGUAGGGCUCCAGAACCUAUUGGCAGUCUCCAGGAACAUUAUAAUAAUCUAUGUAAGGAAAAGUCCAAGAAAAUUAAUCCUUUUAUAUUGCAUAUACUCCAAGGAGUGGAUGAAGAAAUUGAACAGGGAUUGGAGGGAAUCACAUUAAACGUUGCUGGUAACAAUCGCUUAAUACCAGUGGAAAGAGUAACGGGCGAUGAUUUUUGGAUUCUUUCCAAAGUUUUGGAGAAGAAUCCCUAUAUUAAUGGUUUGGAUGUUAGAUAUAACCUCCUACGUGAUGUUGGCGCAUACUAUGCUGCAAAACUGCUUCAGAAACAAUACAAUCUCAUUUACUUAAACCUUAUGUUUAAUGAUAUUGGGACUGAAGGUGGAGACUUGAUUGCUAAAGCACUAUAUAAGAAUGUAACUCUGAAAUACCUAAGAAUGACUGGAAACAAGAUUGAAAAUGAAGGUGGAAUGUCUUUUGCUGCAAUGCUACAAAUUAAUUCAUCCUUAGAGAAGUUAGACCUGGGUGACUGUGAUCUGGGAAUGCAAAGUGUGAUAGCAUUUGCUACAGUCCUGACUCAGAACCAGAAAAUUAAAGGAAUAAAUCUAAACCGACCUAUACUGUAUGGUGAACAGGAAGAAUCCACAGUUCAUCUAAGCCACAUGUUAAAAGAAAACCACUGCCUUGUUGAACUGCACAUGAGUAAGCAUGACAUGAGAAAUGGUGGUAUGAAACAGUUAUGUGAUGCUCUGUAUCUGAACAAAAGCCUGCGCUACCUUGAUGUCAGCUGCAAUAAAAUAACUCGUGAUGGAAUGGUGUUUUUGGCUGAUGUACUGAAAAGCAACACUACCCUGGAAGUAAUAGAUCUUUCUUUUAACAGAAUAGAAACUGCAGGAGCAAAGUAUCUCAGUGAAACUCUCACUUCACACAACAGGAGUCUCAAAGCUUUGUCCGUAGUCAGCAACAACAUAGAGGGAGAAGGACUUGUUGCCCUUUCACAGUCAGUGAAAACAAAUCUCAUUCUCUCUAAUAUCUACAUUUGGGGAAACAAAUUUGACGAAGCUACAUGUGUGGCAUAUUCAGAGUUAAUUCAAAUGGGCUGUCUAAAACCAGGCAAUACAGAUGUGGAACCAUAUGUGGUAGAUGGACAUGUGUAUCUUGCAGAAGUCUCCAAUGGCCUUAAAAAGCACUAUUACUGGACACCAACUUAUGGAGAAGCUUGCAUCCACUCAGCUAAUGCAGGUUUUAAUCUUGUACCAGUAGGUGAACAUCUAUGAAAAACAAGCUGUAAAAUAAUUUUUACAUAUUUGUCUUACUACGUUCACAUACAGUAAUAUUUUAUUGCCUAUUUUUUCUUUCAUAAAUUAGAACAAGUUAUUUUAGUCAAAUGCAUAAGAUAUGACUGUAUUAAAUUUUGUAUAAACUGUCCAGUAUGAAAAACUGAGCAGUGUAAUUUUUUAGAAGAAAUUUUACAAAACAAAGACUAAAAUUUUAACCCUGGAGAAAGAAAUCAAGAAACUAAUUUAUUUUUAUAAAGAAAAUAUAACCAAGUAGUAAAAUAGUAUAUACAAGGAAAGGUCAUUACGGAUAUGCUAACUGAAAGUUGUCAUGAACUGGUAAAAAGGUUUCAGGUGGCAGAUUCCCAGGGUAUUCCAAGGGGGUUAGAGGUUGAAAUUUUUAUGUCUUAUUUAUGUAUUACAGAUGGGUAUUGAUACACUCUCACAAAUACAGGCAAAUACAUAUAAACAUAGACAUAUACAAAUACAUAUAAAAGUAUACUUUCCAAACAAGUCAGUGCUGCCAGGGGACUUUGUAAGAUAGUUCUCUUUUGGAAGAUGCCAGUAACACUUCAAUGAUUUGAUGACAAAUGACUGUUGCCUGCAGCCAAUCGUGUUUGCAAAUAAAGAUUUCUAAGAGGCAAUUGACACUAUGACACUUCGAUUACACACCUAUAUUCACAAAUUUAUGAAUUCAUACAUACCAAGAAGAGGCUGCUUAUCUGAAUGACUUAUUACUGCUCAAGCCAGGCCAAGUGUGAAAAAUAAUAUGUGAACAGUUUUAAAAAGGUACUUAAAAAAUUAAGCAGAGGUUCUGCAGUCUGAAAUACCAUUGAUCUCUAAAUGUUGAGAAAAGAGGUGGAAUCAAGGUGAUCAGCUUUAUAGUUGUCAAAAUACUGACCUUCACUUAAAGGAUUGUGAAUUCCUCAAAUCGCAGCUGUAUUUAUUCUAAAAAUUUAACAUUAAAAAAUAUAAACAUCUGCCAUUGCCCAUUCCUUUAUCAAACAAUUAAGACAAAUAUCCCCUAUUAUUUCAUUAUUUUUAAAGUUUAACCGGUCUUUCCUUAUAUUUAGCACCUAAUACCACUUUUCCAUACUCCCUGGGAAGGGGGGGGCGGUAUAAAAUGGGGAAAACAUUUGAAUAAAUUAUGUAAGGCAUUAUUUUCAUUUAAUUGUUAGAGUCACUGAGCCAGAAAAGACUCCUUACUGCCUUACUAACUCCAUUCUCAUGCUUUCAGAGAUGUAUUUGAAUCAUCCAGGUGGCUGAGUCUAUCCGGUUGAGACUAUGCUGAAAAGCAAAAUCUUAAAACAUCUGGGAUUGGUUGAAAAAUACUCAGUAGUUUGUUUAAUAACAAAUAUGUGAAAUGUGGUGGUUUUUUUUAUUUAAGAAUAUUCUUUAUAUGUUAUUUUAAAGAAAACUACCAUAAUCUGGUAAUGGAAUUUUAGAAAUAAAAUGACCUUCCAUUGAUGUAAGAAAAACUUAUUGAAGAUUUGCUAUCAAUGAAUGUUUACAAUGGAAUCAACAAAACUGUAGAGACCACAGAAUUCUAUAAAUGACUUUAUG